AUGUCUUGUGUCACAACUGACGUCGACUUCAACUACGUUCUGGGCUCCGACUCGGAUGACGAAUGCGACGAUGCCGAGGUUUUGCACACCCUGGCGUUCGAUGCCGUGGCAUGGCUUUCGUACUGCAGAACCGCCGGCGAUGACGCACGAAAAUAUCACAACAAGCAACAGCGGCGUAUACGACGUUUUCCUUUCUCAAGGAACGAUCACAUGUUCAUGAUGGAGGCCAUGGGCGAGAAUAGUAAGAUGUGCUUUCAAGAAUUCCGUAUGUAUCCUGCAAUGCUUAGACAUUUUGCUCAUGUGUUGCGCGAUGAGCAUGGGCUACGUAUGAGCCAACAUGUUGACAUCUACGAGCAAGUUGGCAUGUUCUUAUGCGUAUUAGCGCACGGUAAGGGAUAUCGACAGGUGACAACAAUUUUCAACCAUUCACUGGAAACGGUUUGUCACUACGUGAAGGAGGUUCUACGUGCGGUCAUUGCGCUUUCAGCGCGCAUGAUUCGUCCGAGUGAGAACUACAACGACGGUGUCGAGCCCCAUAGGCCUGAUCUUAGCAAGCAUCCAUUGUUUGACGAUUGCAUCGGAGCAAUUGAUGGAACACAUGUGAAAGCCGUUUUACCGCGACAUGAGCGCGUAAACUUCAUAGGGAGGAAAGGUGUGCCGACACAGAACGUGUUAGCAGCUUGUGACUUUAAUUUAUGUUUUACGUUCGUGCUUGCAAGGUACUCUGGCAAUACACAUGAUGCGCGCAUGCUAGCACGUGCUAUCCAUGAUCCGGAAAUACAUUUCCCAUUACCGGCGACAGGAAAGUACUAUUUAGUUGACUCAGGGUUCGCUCAUCGGCCUGGGUAUAUGGCCCCCUACAAAGGGUCUGACAUACUUUACCAUUUCCAGCAAUUUCGAGACGAGAGAACGGGACGUCGUCGUAGAUUUCGAAAUGCGCGUGAGAAGUUUAACUUCAGGCACUCGUCCUGCAGAAAUGUCAUUGAACGUGCCUUCGGAGUGUGGAAAGAAAGGUGGAAGAUCCUGGACCGCAUGCCCAGCUACCCGUUCCGAACGCAAGUAGCCAUUGUAGUUGCGACGAUGGGAAUACAUAACUUCAUGAGACGUUCAGGAGUGGUUGACGAUGCGUUCACGAGAGCGGAGGUGGAUGAAGAUGUAGCUGAGGUGGAGCUGCCGAACGUGGAAGAUGAGACGCAAGCCGAAAUACAUGCACCGGAAAUGCAGCGAAGUGAGUGGGACCGACUUCGAGAUUAUAUGGCGCAGCAUCCAUGA